AUGUACAGAAUACAGAUAACACUGAAAUAUUGCCAUAUUGUCGUCUUCCAUUUUCCAAGUUUUUUGGUUCACACAGGAUUGUAUUUUUUCAGAACAUAUUCCUGCGUGCACUGUCGAGCACAUUUAGCUAAUCAUGAUGAACUCAUCAGUAAAUCAUUUCAGGGGAGUCAAGGGCGUGCCUAUCUCUUCAACUCUGUUGUGAAUGUUGGGUGUGGUCCAGCAGAAGAGAGAGUUCUUCUAACAGGACUCCACGCUGUGGCGGAUAUCUACUGUGAUUGCUGUAAGACGACAUUAGGAUGGAAAUACGAACAUGCAUUCGAGUCCAGCCAGAAGUAUAAGGAGGGGAAGUUUAUUAUCGAACUGGCGCAUAUGAUUAAGGAGAAUGGUUGGGAGAAGACGACCUCUGGAACGUGAUAGAUUGAUACAAAGUUUAUACCCCUCACUCAUCGUAGAUAAAAAGAAUUGAACUGCUUUGAACACAUACAGAACGAGAGAAACCUUAGAAAACGGAAAAUUUCGCACCAGCCCUGCCUGUAGCUUUAGAAAUCAGAAACCGGUUAUUUAAGUAAACAGAAACCAGUUUUAAACCAGUUUUGAACCAGGAUAUCACGUAAUUAAUAAGAAAAUACUUUACUAGUUAUAGUUAGCAUAUUUGUUGACUUUUAUACUACUAUAGUAUACUAGAAUGUACAGAAUUUGAAUGGGGUUUACUUAUACAAAAGUACAUAUUGAACAUUUUUUGGUAUCUAAUUCCUCGUUUUUUUCCCUUAAAUAUCGGUAGUGGGGGGGGGGAUAUUUCUAUUUAUAUUUGCGAAAAGAAAUGUUAUUAAAUAGAUUUAAGAAAUUUAUGACACACAAUUUUUACUAAAACCGUGUCUCUUUAGUCCCUUAUAGCGGCUGUUCCUUGUAAAUAGUAGGCAAACUUUACAGUGGACAAUCAAGCUCUCAGACUUUUGUGGUGAUUCUUGUUAAAAAGAUUCUUGCGCUUAAUAAUUGUGGCAGAAAAAUUAAUUUAUGCCACUUUUUUUCUUGUUAAAUCGUUCCCCCUAUUUAUAAUGUAGAAUUUUGCUAUUCUUUCCUUAGACUGAAAUAAUAGACUUUUUAGAUAAAAAUAGUUUUCCUUGAUUUUGCCAAAAGUCGCAACAUGCUCCGAUCUCUCCUUUAAUAAUAGAAAUUUUCAAUACAACGUCUUUCAUCGAAGAGAAGGUAUAAACAUGUGCGGAAUCGUAUUUUUUUCUCUUAUGGUCAUGGGUGUCAAUAAAUAUACACCUGGAAAAAUAUCAAAGCAUUGUUUCGGCCUAUACAAUAAACAUCUAGAAAAAUAAACAAUUUUAGAACUUUUGAAAUUCAAUCAAAGUGUUUUCUUUAAUUUGUUUAGUUAUAAAAAAUUGGAAUGAGACAUCUUCUAGAAGGCUUUGAGGAUUUGAUUUAUUAUUUUUGUUCGGACGUUUUUUCUUAAACUUUGCAUUUCUCGUCCAUUGCAUAUUGUUAUGCUCUAUAUGUACAUGUUAAUUACUUGCUUAUUCGCUAGUAUUUGGUUUUUAUACGAAUGUAACUUUGUGUAGAGUAAGAAAAUAAGCUGUAUUGUUCUAAAUUUAGAUAAUUCUUAAUCUUUUUGUACUUACUACAUGGUAUCCUACCAUCCAAUUAUGCUAAACAUUAAAGGUAUUGUUUACAAAUUUUGAAAAUACACAAAUAAUAUAAAUCUAUCUUUUUGGAAUGAGGAAGACAACUAAGCCAAUCUUAUCACCCAAAAGUAUUAGAGAGUCAGAUUCAUCAAUCUAGAAGAAUAUUCAUGAAAUCCACGAAACUUUCUUUCAAAAAUCCAAAAAUGAUCUCGAUAAUUCUAAUUUUAAGUGAUGAGAUUGGCGUAGCUGCGUACCUAAUUUGAUAAAUUACAGUUUUAUGUGUAUUUCGAAAAAGGUGAGCCAUCCCUUUAAAUCUUAUUUAUGAUAUCUGUACUGCACUUGAUGUACAAACGCCACUAUAUAUUGUGAAUGUUUACCCCGUUUAAUGUUGUUAAACAUGAUUAGUUUAGUCCAUAUUUGUAUGAACAGUGAACAUGAAUGUAAACUUUGAAAAAUUGAAAACUAAAAUCCACAGAUUAUAGAUAGUACCAGAGCAUCUUGUUAAACACUGAAUACUAUGUUUUUUCUGAUAACUCUCUGGUGACACCUACUCCUGUCCCGGCCCUGUAACAAUAUAAUUACCAAACCAAAUUUUAUGUAUUUUCGUAUGUUGUUUGUAACUAAAUGUAACUGUACACUGCAUGCAGUACUGUACGUAACUAUAUCUAACCAAGUACUAUAAGCCAAGUUAAAGUAAAUUCGUGGAUUUAGGAAACACUGAAAACUUCAUCUUUGAUGAAGUUUUAUGUCUAACAGGUAAAAGUGUCAAUAGGGAUUUCAGCUCCUUUAAUGAUGUAACUAUUUGGUGUCAACAUUUCUGAGUGUUUUUACUUGAUUUUAGGAGCUAAAACCCCAUUUACACACUUUUCUUGGACACCCAGUAGUUGUAGAGUCCAUGAAUUGUGUAGAGUACAGUACUGUACAGUGUGUACACCGCGUGUGUGGCUGUGAAUGAACCAAUUUAUUGUCAAACUAAGGUUUCCUCCCUUGGAGCUCAUUAAACCCCUAGUAUUAGAAAUUAACACUAAUUAGUCUGAAAUUAAUUAAUAUUUUAUGUAUCCGCUCAUUAACUCGUCAACAUUGUAAACAACCCUCUCUCUAAAGGGACUGUCAACGUUUCUGUGAAUCAGAGAAUAACGUUUAUGUACAACAGUACAACGAUAAUUUUCAUCAAUUUUAGCAAAGAAAUUAGAUUUGCAGUCGCGAAAAACAGUAAAGUAAUUUUUUUUGUUUUCUUGCUUGAAUUUGAAAACUAAAUAGUGAAAACCAUAUUCUCAUUUUUACUUGAUAUAACUGCGGGAAAUAUUUUAACUUGUGCAAAAAACAGCUACAAAUUGCAAAAUUCUUUUGCGUAGGAGACACCAACUGUUUCUAUUUUAACUGACCAUUACUGCAAAAUUAACUCAACUCAAACAAGCUCUAAUUGAGUCGUAUAGUAAUAGUUUUACAAGGAAUAAAUUUUAUGCCGGAAAACCCCAGAUAUUUGGCAAAUCAAAAUACAUAUUGUCCAGAACUAAAUCAAUGACAUAACCAUUUAUGUCUAAAAUUAUAGAAAUCUUCAAAAAUACGUUGAUAAUCCCUUUAAAGGGGUUCAAAAUUAACUACAACAAAUUCUAUAAAUUGUACGCGAACACUCCCUUUAAUUUUACCUAAAUAACAUUUUUACCCCUGUACGCCUAAAAAUAGUGUUGUAAUGAAUGUUCUGUAAAUGAUGUUUGGCUGUAAUGGAUUCAGUGGAUUAAUAAAGAAACUUAAAUAAAUGAUUUAGAUAAAUACGUCUAAAUAUUUGAAUA